UAUGAAAUAAUAAUAGAUUCAAGAGGACUCUGACUCAGAAUACAUAUAAGAAGUUAUUAUCAAACCUAUUAAUGAAAGAGAAACCAAAGUCAAAGUCACUUAUAAAGAAAUUUAAGUUAGACCUGGAGUAUUAGAAAGAUAGAGAUGGGAUAAAUGGGGAGAAGUAGCUUCACUUCCUAGAGGUUAAUUCAGAGAAGGAGAUAUGCUUGUAGAAGCUGAAUUAAGAAUUUAAGCAGCAAAUAAUUAGGAAGAAUGCAAUUUUAUAAUUCCUGCUCCAAAAUAAUAGUUUGUGGUCAGUUUUGAUAAAGAAUAAUCUAAACCCUAAACAAAUUAAUAAGUUGGUAUUCAUAUUAUAUAUGAAAGGUCCUCGUUAAAUUGGUUAAAGUAUUUUAUUUGAAUAAGCUCCUGCCUCCUCUUAAUGGUUAGUUAUUGUUUCUAAUCUUGUGUAAUUUGAAUAUGCUGAAACAUUUUAGGAUAUUAUAAGUAAUUCUUAAAUUUAGUGUUAUUAGGAGCUAAAGAUGAUUUUAGAGGAUGGUUAAGAAAAUAAUUAGAGUAAGAAGAAGGAAGAUUCAGCUAUUAUAUUAAUUUCUUAUAAAACAGAAGAAAGUAAAAAGUUUAUUCUUUGGAUGGAUAAAAUUCUCAUUAACCUUUGAUUUAAAAAGUUAUGUUAAAAUUUUAAGAUAAAAACAGAGCAGAAAUUGCACUUGAGAAACUAAAUGGCAAAAGUUAUGAUGGUUGUAUAUUGCAGUUAGAAUUGUAAGAAUAAAGACCUCGUUGAA